GCCGUUCAGAUCGGCUGGCUGUUUGGAGGCAUUGGACUGUCAUGGACAGGGCGGCUGUGGUGAAGGUCGGAGCUGCGGCCAGCGCAAGUGUCUGUGCAGUAGUCGGUGGCGUGGCGCUCGCCCAGUAUAUUGUAGCCAAAAAGAAGCGGGCCGGGAAGAAAACAAGGAUAAUAGAAAUGAUGCCUCAGUUUGAGAAGCCGACGGUCCACAUGAGGAACCCUGAGAGGGUCGAACAGAUCAUCUGUGGCCUCAUCAAAGGAGGAGCUUCCAAACUGCAGAUUAUCACAGAUUUUGACAUGACGUUAAGCAAAUUUUUGGUGAAUGGAAAACGCUGUCCGACGUGCCACAAUAUCAUUGAUAACUGCAAACUGGUAACAGAGGAGUGCAGGCAGAAACUGCUGCAGCUAAGGAAUAAAUAUUAUCCCAUUGAGAUUGACCCGCAGCUAACCAUGGAGGAGAAAUAUCCGUUUAUGGUAGAGUGGUAUUUUAAGUCCCACACGCUCCUGGUGGAGCAGCGCCUGGAGAAGGACAAGCUUCCAGAGGUGGUGAGGGAGUCCGAUGUUGCCCUCAGAGAAGGCUUUGAACAGUUCUUUGACCGCCUCCACCAACACAAUGUGCCUGUUUUCAUUUUCUCUGCUGGUCUGGGCGACGUCCUGGAAGAAAUCCUCCUUCAGGCCAGAGUUUAUCACCCAAACAUCAAAGUCGUGUCAAACUUCAUGGACUUUGAUGAAAAUGGCGUUUUGCGGGGCUUCAAGGGUGAGCUGAUCCACGUGUACAACAAACACGACGGCGCCCUGCGGAACACGGAGUACUUCAAACAGCUGAAGGAGAACUCUAACAUCAUCCUGCUGGGAGAUUCCAUGGGAGACCUCAGCAUGGCCGACGGCGUUCCCAACGUAGAGAACAUUCUCAAGAUAGGAUUUCUCAACGACAAGGUGGAGGAGCGGCUGGACAAAUACCUGGACUCUUACGAUAUUGUUCUUGUGAAAGAUGAGACUCUGGAAGUGCCCAAUGCUAUUCUCCAGAAAGUUCUAUAACUCCACUGAACCACAUCUCAAGCAGAUCCCUUCUUUUCUUAUCUGCAUCCUCUGUCAGGACAUUUAACCUCGCCACUCUUCAGAGAUGACCAGCAUUUUUUCUCAGCACCAAGUCCUUUCCACGCCUCCGUUUUAGCAACAUUCUGAGAUUAUAGAUUUCCUAUGUAAACAAUUUUAAAAGUCAUCACAGCACCAACAGCUUGUCUAGACUGUUUUUAUCUAUUUCUCAUGUUUGUUUAUGUGGUAGUUUUCCAAAGAAGAAGAGUGAGCUUUAAAAAGAUCACAACCUUUGCCAGUUUUAAGUUUGCACAGUACAAAUAAUAUUUUUUCAUUUUUUUUAUUAUUUUCACACUUAAAUAUAGAUAUUUUUUAAAAGACUUUAAGUUUUAGCUAUAUCCCAGCAUGCCUUUCACCAAGGUCUAAAAUCAUGUGACAUAGCUGCUGCAAAUUCAUCUAGUCACUGUUUCAAAAUUAGAACAUUAUAAGAAUAAACUGCACAAAAUCUGAAAAAAGCAGCAUUUCUAUAAACAAUAGAGAGCAAUUCCUUUUAUAAAGGAUUUGAAAAAAGUAUUUCAAAAAUGUCUUGCCUUUUAUUUAAAUGCAAGAUUGUAACAAUAUUAUAAGAAAAGUGUUGCCUGGAAGGGAAAAGAUGAACACUUGUUGUACGUGUUUUAGUUUGAUGGUUGUUCAACCCGCUUGUUGUGCAGAAAUGCCAUGUUUACAAAGUGUUUUUUUUUACCCCAAAUGUGUUCAUUUGAUGUCAGUUUUACAGACAGAUGAUGGUUAAUUUACUGGUACAUUAAAAAUAUAUGAAGUAGAUUUAUUUUUUGUCCAUCUUCCUCUGACAUUUUAGUCUUCAUGUCAUGCGUAUGCUGACCUCUAGUGGUCAUGAUAAGGAUUUACAGUCAGUAAAAUCACACAAUACUGCUGUAACAAUAAAACAAUAAAAAACAAGUGUUUAAGCUGAGCACUACCUCGAAAAACAUUCAUUUUUCAGUAGAUUUGAAAUAAAAAUGUCUGUUUUGUUUGACGUGGUGUCGAAAGUUUUCCUCAGGCUUGUAUAUUUGCUGCUACCACCUGCAUGUUGCCUUCAAUGUUUAAAGUGAAAGAUCUAUGAGACUAAAAAAUGUUAUCUCUGUUAAAUGCAGUCUAAUGCAAAACUGUAAUUGUGAGGUUUAUGGACAGUCAUAUUGUUUGACUGCAUCUGAGUUACCAGGUUUUGACGGGUGCAUUUUUUCAAAUAAAAUGAUGGAUUUUGAUGGCUUUAAAAAAAUAUACAAUAAAUACGUAUUUUGUGAGGUCGUUAAA